AUGUUUCGCCCUAUACUAUCGCGUACAUUUGGACCAAGAAACUUGACUUUGAGUCAAUUUCUUCGUCAUCAAAGCACAAAGACUUUGGUGAAAUUUGACAAUGCUGAUGUUCAUCGCUUUGGAAUCAAGGAUCCCGUGUUUAAGAAUCUUUCAUUGACAAUUCCGGAGAAUCAGCACUUGGUCAUCACUGGACCAAUCAAUGCUGGAAAGACUACUCUGGCAGAGGCACUCGCAGGGCAACACUCAGUCAAACCUACCGGGGCCGCUAAAUGGCCAUUGUUAGAAUCCCUCCCAGGUACCUUGUCAGACCAGAUCCACCUUGUGUCUUUCCAAGAGAACUCGGCAAUGUUCUCAUAUGGUCAGCACUACUACCAAGAACGAUUCAAUUUCAGUGAUCCUGAUAAUGAUCUGACAUUGUCAGACUAUCUCAAGAGCAGAGAGAAAUCUGAUUCAAAGAUUGCAAAAGUAGCCGAGACACUUGACUUGACUCACCUCUUACCAUUAUCAUUUGUCAAACUGUCGAAUGGACAGACUCGGCGAGCCCGAAUUGCUCGGGCAUUGCUAGGAAAUCCUGCGGUGUUGAUUCUGGAUGAACCACUCAUGGGAUUGGAUAUCGAGCACCGUAAAAAACUGCUGGAUACUUUGGAAAAUCUGGCUACAAAACCUGGAGGUACCCCAGUUGUGCUUGUGCAGCGCCCGCAGGACGAAAUGCCCGAGUGGGCCACACGGGUGAUUUGCUUGGAUGGCAUGAAUAUCGUCUGGGAUGGAACACCUACCGAUUACCUGCAGCGCAUUCUUCCACAGACCACAAAGGAAGCUGCCGAACGGCAAAAGUAUCGCCAAGAGGCUCUUUCGAAAGAAGAAGGAACGCGCGACUUGCGUGCGCCUGUUGUGGAGCUCAAGAGUGUGAAUGUAAUUUACAACAAGCGCAAGAUCCUGGACGAUAUAUCCUGGACCGUGCGUCAGGGUGAUCGCUGGGCACUUCUGGGUCCUAAUGGGUCCGGAAAGACGACCUUACUGUCGUUCCUGACCGGAGACCACCCGCAGGCCUACUCGAAUGAACUAUCGUUGUUUGGGCGCCGAAGAGGUACCGGAGAGUCGAUUUGGGAUAUCAAGGCUCGGGUAGGGCUGGUUAGUCCAGAGAUCCAUCUCUAUUUCAACCAGCGAAUGUCUGCGCUGGAGGCGGCCGGAACCGGAUUCUUUGACGGGGUCGUUCCCCGGUCUCUGUCUGCCGAACAGACCUCGACAAUCGAACGGCUAUUUGGUGAAUUCGGCAUGAGUGGCGUGGAGAACAGAAAACUUCAAGAGAUGUCAACUGGUGAACAGCGGCUGGUACUCUUGGUUCGAUCUCUGGUUAAAAGGCCGGAACUUAUUAUUUGGGAUGAACCAUUCCAAGGAUUGGAUCUUGGAAUGAUUCAUAAUGUGAACACUUGGUUGGAGAACCAUAUGAAGCCAGAACAAACGCUUAUUAUGGUCACUCAUCAUGAAGAAGAGAUUCCGCGUGCGGUCACAAGGCGGUUCAAACUCGGUGCGGGAGGUGUGGAUGCAAACGAAACUGGGAGUUAA